CUCUUUGCUCUAGUCUCUUCAUCUCUCUCUCUCUCUCUCUUUGUUAGGACCAAAAACUAAGUUUAUCAGAUAUGGUGGUAAUGGAAGAUAAAAGAAGCGUAGAAGAAGGACUUUUGCAGAGUAAUGAACAAAACGACGAUCCGGAGUGUCGUAUUACUACUUGUGUUAUCUUUAGCACUGUUGUUGCCAUAUGUGCUUCCUUCUCUUUUGGUGUUGCUACUGGUUAUACAUCAGGUGCUGAGAUAGGACUUAUGAAGGAUUUAGAUCUUUCUAUUGGGCAAUUUUCAGCGUUUGGCUCAUUAGCCACAUUAGGUGCUGCAGUUGGUGCACUGUUCAGUGGUAAAAUGGCUAUGGUCAUUGGCAGAAGAGGGACAAUGUGGAUCUCUGAUAUACUAAGCAUCACUGGUUGGCUCUCCAUCGCUUUCUCUAAGGAAGUCAUGUUGCUGAACUUCGGAAGAAUCUCCUCAGGGAUAGGUUUCGGCUUGACUAGCUAUGUGGUACCUGUCUAUAUAGCAGAGAUUGCACCAAAACAUGUCCGCGGUACAUUUACCUUUUCAAAUCAGCUACUUCAAAACGCUGGACUUGCCAUGGUUUACUUUUGUGGGAAUUUCAUGACUUGGAGGAUGUUGGCUUUCUCAGGUGCUUUACCAUGCAUAAUUCAAGUAAUCGGUUUAUUCUUUGUACCAGAGUCCCCAAGAUGGCUGGCAAAAGUUGGUAUAGAUAAAGAACUAGAAAAUUCACUGCUUCGUCUAAGAGGAAGAGAUGCUGAUAUUUCACGUGAAGCCUCAGAAAUUAAAGUUAUGACCAAAAUGGUGGAAACUGAUUCAAAGUCGAGUUUUUGUGAUUUGUUCCAGAGAAAAUAUAGAUACACUCUUGUGGUAGGAGUCGGGCUAAUGUUGAUACAACAAUUCUCAGGAAGUGCUGCUGUAAUCUCUUAUGCAAGUACCAUUUUUAGAAAAUCUGGAUUUCCGGUUGGCAUUGGAACGAUGAUUCUAAGUCUUUUCAUGAUACCAAAAACCAUGAUUGGUCUCAUUCUUGUCGAUAAAUGGGGCAGACGUCCUCUCUUGUUGACUUCUGCGUUUGGGAUGAGCUUAGCAUGCAUGAUUCUUGGGUUAGCCUUCACAUUACAGAAAAUGCAAUUGCUUUUGGAGCUAACUCCAAUAUUAACGUUUAUAUGCGUUAUGCUUUAUAUUGCAACUUAUGCAAUAGGCUUGGGAGGCCUCCCUUGGGUUAUUAUGUCGGAGAUAUUUCCAAUAAAUAUAAAAGUAACAGCAGGAAGUAUCGUUACGUUGGUCUCAUUUUCAAGUAGUUCGAUGGUCACUUACGCUUUUAACUUCCUGUUCGAGUGGAGCAACCAAGGUACAUUUUACAUAUUCGGAGGUAUCGCAGGAGCAGCGUUGCUUUUUAUUUGGUUGCUCGUUCCAGAAACGAAAGGAUUAUCACUUGAAGAGAUACAAGCUAAACUUAUUCAUAAGCCCGACGAAAUAAAUCAAAGAUAUAUUCAUUAGUUAUAUGUUUUGAUAUAUGAAAAUAUGUAAGCAUGUAAUUAGUAAUUAGUAUUUUAUUAAAAUAUUGUGAACUCAUAUAAAAUUAGGUAUGAAUCCAUGUCGUACACGAGUGAAUCUUAAAAUAUUUAAGUUAAUGUAUAGUUUUUUUAUUA